AUGGCUAACCAACCACCAUUCGCAGUUCUUGCGAAUGCAGCCCCUCUUCCUCUCAUCAAAUCCACGACCAAAGCUUCAACGCUCAAUUAUUUCGGCUUCGUCGAUGGAUCAACGCCGCCCGAAGCGUCCAAAUUUCUGGCCAAAUACUCCGAUGGCACAGCAAAGGAUAUCCACCCCGCAAUCGCGACGUUCCUGCGCAUAACCCAAAAUGACUGUGUCGGAAAUGCAAAGGACAAAGAGGCAUGCUGGUUCACCAUUCGAGUCACGAAGCCCAGCGAUGAGUUCAGAAUCACAAGGUGGCAUCAAGACGGACCUAUGUAUCGCUACGACAAAGGUCGCGAAGAUGUUGUGCGCAGCAAAUAUGCCAUUACCUUGCUCGGACCAUCAACACUCAUGCUGGUGCCGUCGGAGCACACAUUCGCAACGAAAAGUGAAAGCCGCGAGCUAUUUCGUUAUUGGUCACGUCCAGGUUCAUCUCCACCCCCGUAUGCGAGCUAUGAAGAAGCAGACAUGGCAUCGCGAGUAUGGCUUGAAAAUAAGUUCCAGAAUGAACCCAGAGUCGAGGCUAGACAAGAUCAAGUCAUUCGAUUUAGCUGGGGAAGGGAUGAUAGCCCGAUUCACUCGGAGCCUGACAUUGUUUGUGAUAGGGUCUUCAUGUCGGUGCUGUAUGGUAGCGAAGCAGAGAUACUGAGAAUGUGCGAGAUAAGGAAGGCCACAUUUGGUGUUUAUGAGGUGGAAGAGGAAGAUUAG